CCCUCCGCCCCCCACCCCAGCCUUCCCACUGCUGAGAGCAUCUUUGCACCAAGAUGCGGGACUUAUUCCCAACCCCGAGCGGAGGCCGAACGGAGUGAGGUUUGCCGGGGGGAGGAAUCAGAGCAGCUCAGUUGUUUUCUCGGCUGAGGGGUGUGUGUGUGCGCCUGUGUGAGCGAGCGUGCGACGGGGAGACACAGACACUGCAUUGCUGCUGAGCCACGAGUCUCCAAUAUGCUGCUGCUGCUGCCGCUUCUGCCAGGGCUGGGGCGCGCGAGUCAGUAUCAGCAGCGCGCAGCCCCAGGUGGAGGUCACAGCUGGGGGGCUGAGACCCUUGAUUUCUUCUGAGUUGAGACAGGGAUUUAAAAAAAAAAUUGUUGGUAGUUUCUGCCCCCAUCUUCUUCCCCCUCCCCCCUUUAUUUCCCUUUCCUGGACUCUGCGUUGGAUGAUUUUUAGGUGGAGUCGUUUGCACCAAAACCUUAUAGCUGCUGCUCUUCUUGCUGCUAUUCCCCCCCACGCCCUCUCCCCCUCCCUUUUUUUGGUGUGAUACUGUUUCCACAGCAGAAGAAGAAGGAACUGAUCCGGAGGAUCCUCCUCGAGAAUGAAUAACGCCAAGACAUUGGCUUAAGCAGCACCCUGGAUCCGGUGCAGGAUGCAGAUUUGAUUAAAUAAUAAUUCAAUUUUUUUGCCAUUUUCUUUUUUCACCUUUUUGGGGAUUUGCAAACCGAAUUACAUGCAUGUCCAGUGGGGGAAGGUUUAAUUUUGACGAUGGAGGCUCCUACUGUGGAGGUUGGGAGGACGGAAAGGCUCACGGCCAUGGAAUCUGUACCGGCCCGAAGGGUCAAGGCGAGUAUACAGGCUCCUGGAGUCACGGCUUUGAGGUGCUGGGGGUCUACACCUGGCCCAGUGGCAACACUUACCAGGGCACCUGGGCACAGGGCAAGCGCCAUGGCAUCGGUUUGGAGAGCAAGGGGAAGUGGGUGUACAAAGGAGAGUGGACUCAUGGAUUUAAGGGACGGUAUGGGGUCCGCGAAUGCAGUGGCAAUGGGGCCAAAUACGAAGGCACCUGGAGCAAUGGAUUACAGGAUGGCUACGGGACAGAGACCUACUCAGAUGGAGGGACGUACCAGGGUCAGUGGGCUGGUGGCAUGCGCCAAGGCUAUGGCGUCCGGCAGAGCGUCCCCUAUGGCAUGGCUGCAGUUAUCAGGUCGCCCCUGAGGACAUCCAUUAACUCGCUGCGCAGCGAGCACACCAACGGCACGGCGCUGCACCCUGACUCCUCGCCUGCCGUGGCUGGCAGUCCUGCUGUCUCCAGAGGUGGCUUCGUCCUCAUGGCCCACAGCGACGCCGAGAUCCUCAAGAGCAAGAAGAAGGGUAUCUUCCGGCGGUCCCUGCUGAGCGGGCUCAAGCUGCGCAAGUCUGAGUCCAAGAGCUCCCUCGCCAGCCAGCGCAGCAAGCAGAGCUCCUUCCGGAGCGAGGCGGGCAUGAGCACCGUCAGCUCCACCGCCAGUGACAUCAACUCCACCAUCAGCUUGGGCGAGGGUGAGGCUGAGCUCUCCGUCAUCGAGGACGACAUUGAUGCCACCACCACCGAGAUCUAUGUGGGCGAGUGGAAGAACGACAAGCGCUCGGGCUUCGGGGUCAGCCAGCGUUCGGAUGGGCUGAAGUACGAGGGGGAGUGGGCCAACAACAAGCGCCAUGGCUACGGCUGCAUGACCUUCCCGGAUGGUACCAAGGAGGAGGGGAAGUACAAACAGAAUGUCCUAGUGAGCGGCAAGCGGAAGAACCUCAUUCCAUUGAGGGCCAGCAAGAUCCGCGAAAAGGUGGAUCGGGCCACUGAGGCAGCAGAGAGGGCAGCCACCAUCGCCAAGCAGAAAGCGGAGAUUGCAGCUUCCAGGACUUCCCACUCCAGGGCUAAAGCAGAUGCGGCUGUGACAGCAGCGCAGAAAGCUCAGGAGGAAGCUCGGAUUGCCAGGAUCACUGCCAAAGAGUUUUCGCCUUCCUUCCAACACAGGGAAAACGGGCUCGAGUGCCAGAGGCCAAAGCGUCAGAACUCAAGCGACGACAUUGAGGUCCUCUCCACAGGGACCCCGCUCCAGCAAGAAAGUCCAGAGCUGUACAGAAAAGGCACCACCCCUUCUGACCUCACUCCUGACGACAGCCCCCUGCAAAGCUUCCCUGCCAGCCCCUCCUCCACCCCGCCGCUAGGCCCAACCUGCAGGACCAAGAGUGCCCAUUUCUCCAGACAAGUCUCUGUGGACGAAGAGAGGGGUGGGGAGAUCCAGAUGUUGCUGGAGGGACGAGGUGGAGACUACUUGAGACCCAACAGCUGGAGUGAAGACAAAGCAGGCGGGACACGUGGCGUUAGAAGUGGGACCCUGCGCAGCAGUCAUUUGGGGUCUGCCUCCAUUCCUGAAGAUUACAGAGGCCGGAGUGGAGGACACAAACAUAUGGCCUCCAACCACAAGCAAAGAGAGAGGUGGACAGAUUCCCCAGCCACAGUUUCUUGGACUUCCCACCACCGAUCCCACAACCACAGCUCAGGGAGUGCCAAGUUGCUUGAGCUGGAUGAGGAGAAGCUGAGCAAUUACGAGAUGGAAAUGAAACCCCUCAUGAGGAUGGAUUCUUAUAUGCAAGAGAUUCACACCCAAAAAAGACACUAUAGUAAAGCAGGCCCCUGCAGGAGCCUGGCUGAGGACCACCGUGGGGAAGACCGGGGCUUUGGGGUUCAGAGACUGAGGUCUAAGUCCCAGAACAAAGAGAAUUUCAGGCCAGCUUCCUCUGCUGAGCCCACAGUGCAGAAACUGGAAAAUCUGAGGUUCGGGGACAAAGCAGAACCCCGGCUAUUAAGGUGGGACUUAACCUUCUCCCCGCCACAGAAAUCCUUACCUGUUGCACUAGAAUCUGAAGAGGAAAAUGGGGAUGAGCUCAAAUCCAGUACGGGCUCGGCUCCCAUUCUGGUAGUCAUGGUGAUCUUACUGAACAUUGGCGUCGCCAUUUUGUUUAUUAACUUUUUCAUCUAACUCGAGACUGUCUUGUCUGCAAAAAUAAGAGUUACAUGUACGAACGGGGGGGGGGGAAAACAAACAAAAACAAAUCAAAAAAGGGAAAGAUCAUAACUUGAACUGUCCUAUGACAACUUCCAAGUCUUUUCACAGAAGAACAACAAAUGAUUGAGUCUCACUCACAGUUUGCCUUUUUUUCCUGGGUAAUGUUUUUUGGAUUUUAGCCAAAAUUCUUUGCUUGUACAACACUAUGCUGUGUGGCAUGGCAGAAUGCUAACAACUCUCUGACCCUCCCAGCACCAGAAAGGAUGAGACAGGAUCCCAGCAAAAUAAAAGUCAGUUAUUUUUCCCCCUCCAAAGUAAAUAAACAACAAAAAUUGCAAAAUGGAGGUAAGAGGGUGGGCAGAUGGAACAGGGGCACAAAGGGGGGUGAAUGAGUGUAAACACUCAACCUCAUUGUCGAAGUUGAUGGGGGGGGAAUCUCAUUUCACCCAUCUGCCCUCUAACCCCCCCGCUACACAAGAAAACUCUCUUUUUUGUUCCUCUCUCUGCUACCAGAAAAAAAAAAAAAAAAAAGCAGGAAUGAAGAGGAGAAAAGGAGGUGCUUGGGGAGGGGAAGAGACCCCCCUAAGUACAGAGGAUAAAGGGAAAGUGGCCCAUUUUUGUUACAGUUUAAAAAAAUUCUGACGCAAUCAGCAUUUUGCUCAGUUCUGGUGUAGUGGGGGGGGGGGGGGGAUUACAAGGUGUAAAUAUCGUACCUGCUGCCACUCUCCCAUCCUUACUCAGCCGGAGCAAAACCACCCAAAGCCACCCUCUUUCUGUUCAAAGCUGAUUUCUCCUGGCUACAAAUCUGUCCUUCCCUCCCAACUCCCCCCAUAAAUUGCCUGGUAGCUUAUUACGACCCAGCUCCCCCAUACGCACACAUCAGGAGCGGUGAUACUAAAACAAUCACCAGCUAUCCCAUCCUGAACUGUAACCACACCUACAUAACACCACCAGCACUUACAGAGAAUGCAAGGAAGCUGUCUGGUGGGAGAUUCGAUUCUGAUCCAGCAAAGGACAUCUGGGGAGGAGCAUUGCAACAGCUGCAGGAGUGGAGCAGUGCGGCUGGGCAUGCCUGUUACAUCUCGCCAUGGACCGCUUCAGACAUCAUGCUUAGGCUCUGAGCAUGUAGUAUUUUUGCACUUUGUAUGCAGGAUGUAUAUUCCAGCUUCCGACAUGUCCCUGUAAAAAAAACGUCAUUGGCAACGCCAGCCUUUAAGGAUGUAUUCUUUUCUAUACGUCACUUAAUUUUGUUCUUUUUAACAUCUUUGUAAUGGAAGUGGCCUACUGAGGUGCCUUCCAGUCCUACCCUUCUAUGAGUCUAUGCCCGCCUUGAUUUUUUCCCCCUCCCUCCCUCCCCUGCCCUGAUAAUACACAUUCAUUAAAGAUGCAGUACCCCAGUCCUGAGCUGUUAUGGUCGCAAUGAUAAGAGCAUGGUUUUAGCUCAAUUGCUUGGAAAUUCCUGAAGUCCUGUUGCAUUCCAAAAACAAUGUAGCUGUUUUCCCUGCCUACCUCCAUCCCCAAGACCACAUGCAGUCUGUCCUUGCCUGAUAGGUCAGCUGUGCACUUCAAAUGGUUAACUGCCUCUCUCUGAUACAGGAUAUAUCAGAACCCUCUCUGACCCACAAUUACACCGACUGCAAGUCCAUUGGAUAAAGAGGGGUGGGGGAGUCAUGAGGGUCAGAUAUGGCCCAAAUACAAACCUAGAUUUUAUCUGUGACCAAAUCUGUCUCGUCAUUUUACAUACAGGGUGUUGGAUACAACCUGACUUGUGGACUUGGCUUUGCUUUGCUUACAUUUUAGCUGUUUCUCUGCUACCUUUUCAGCAGAUUUCUUUAUUACACUGCACUGGAUUGCUCUAUUUUUAACCAGAAAUAAACUAAAGAUUAGCGCAUGUGCCAGUUAAAUUCGGUUCUUUUUCUUAAACUGCCACGCUCAUUCCGUCUUGCCGUUUUCUUUCCUUUGCUUGUUUGUUUUCCUUUCUGGGUAGAGGGUGUGGGAUGGAAGGAAUGAAUGGCAGAUAAUGCGAGCCUAGUGACCUUUCUGAUUAUUUUGUUUCCAGGGGAACAGUCCAUCUUUUUUGUCCAUCUUCAUUUUUUUCCCCCCAUUCAUCUUUUUUACUGUUGAACGGUUGCUUCAGACCUUAAGUGAACCAAAUAACGACAUAAUGUAAUUGCAGCCCUAGGAAAUCAUACAUGCUGCGACAUGUGUUUUGUAAUUCUGUUUGCAAUUCUUUGUAAAGAUUCUAGAGAAUUUUUUUGUACCUUCCAGUAAGUGCAUGACACACAGAUACCUACAGAAGCAGGUUACAUAUUUAAAUGCAAACACAGUACAAUAUUUAGAUAUGUAUAAAACAGCACAAAAAUGCAUAUCAUUAUCAAAUAAAAGUACUCGUGGUUUCAUGCCUAGGUUUCUCACACUGGUGACUGACUAGUUAUUACUGCUUUUCUUUCAGACCUCCAAGGAAUCAAUAUAUGGCUACCCCAAAUUCAACCUAACUCCGUUUGUCUUUCAUCUCUUAGUUUCUCCCUUUGAAGCACUUGGCAUCGGCCACUGUCAGAAGACAGGAUGCUGAGCUAGUUGGACCAUUGGUCUGACCUACUAUGGCCAUUCUUAUGUUCUAGUUUCUAUGAGACUAAAAAUUCAGUCAAGCAAAGUGUCUAAGAUUCAGUGGGUCUGAAAGACAUCUGAAGAUUAAUAUUAAUUGGUUCCCAAACAAUGUGAUUAAAAAUAAUGAUCCCUUGAUUAAUCGAGGUGAGUUGAGCAAUCUGUCUUAGCUCUGUGCUUUCACAUCCACACAGAGUCAAAAAUAUUAUUGACAAGUAGCCCAAAGACAGAAACAACUCAUCGUACUCUCUCUACCACAUAAGUACUAUGUUCAUGGCUCUCUCUCUCUUUAGCAUGUCUAAGACAUGCAUCACCAUAGUAUCUAGACACCACAUCCACAUAUACUCUCUCUCCAUGCUGUUUUACAUGUAUACACUCACAUGCAUAGCUAGACAGAUGCAUGCAAGCAGCUGGGUGAUUCUGAAGACAAUUGACUUCGCUUUUCAGUCUUAGGGAACAUCUCAUUUUCCUAAGGAGGAAGUUGCAGUUAUUUAAAAGCAAUCCAACCUCAUGUCCUGAACCUGCCCUCAAGCUGCAGGAAUGGACCAAGCUCCCCAGCCACAUCCCCCAUCCAGAUGCACGUGGUUUCCUUCCUGGACUCCAGAAAGGCUACCUUCGUAUCUCACCUGAACCACCAGUGGAUCAUUGUGAAGUCAAGUCUUUCAGAGAAGAGUAAGAAAGAAGGAUACAAAAGUCCCCCGGAUUGGCUUAGCUCUAGUCCAUCUGGCUGUUCUUUUUACUCAAGGAACCACCUGGAUUGACGAGGUCCCUUGGAACGUGUAGUAACAUCCCAUGGCUCAUUUCACACAGCCCUAUGACAUGGAGUCACCCUCUCAAACCACUGACAAUUGCACGCUGUUGAAACAACUUUUCAUUUGUUCUCUUGCCAAGGUCCCUUGCUCUACAUGCUAAUCAGUUACCAUGCUGAUACAGCUAAAGGGCCCUGAAGAAAUUGGAUGUGGUUGGACUGAGCUGCAGGAGGGAAAAAAAGCUUAAUACAAGUGUGUAGUUUAAGUA